AUGAUGAAGGCUGUCGCUCUAUGGUUCACUAUCGUCUUAGGAUACGUGAUACAGACAAAGGGCUUCUCUCAUAUUCAGUCCAAGAGAUACCCAUCAAACGUUCAAACCCCACUGCAUUCGAAUCCAAACAGAGACUCGUAUUCAAACUCAACGUCUGCCCCUACACUCCAUGGUAGAUCAAACAUUCCUAAUGCAACUGCCACUACAGCUACGGGUGAACCCCUCAAUUCACACACUUUGACGGUAUAUCUGACUUUCAUCUAUUUCGCAUCAUGGUUAUUAAUUCUGCCUAUUUCACGUAUAUGGAAUGAAACUACCUCUUCUUCCACUUUCUCUACCGUGUCUUCUAAUGAUAAUGAACAAUUAUUACCUCUAUCUAUGAAUGAUCCAAAUGGUAAUAGUUCCUCAUCUUUAUCCUUAGAUGAUGGUGAUACCAAUGACGCUACUUUAGGAGAUAAAAUCAAGAAAGAAGAAGAAUUUAGAGUCUUAUCUCCGUCCACUUUCAAAUACGUGUGUAAAUUAUUCAUCUUAUCCUUAUUGGCAGUCAUCAACGUAUUCACAUACAAUUUGGCAUUGUCUUUAUCUCCAGCUUUUGAUGUCGCUUUAAUUGAAAACACCUCCAUUUUUGAAAUAGUCACUUUAUUAUAUGGAGUUUGUAACGUAUCAAGGAAAAAUUAUAUCUUUAGAAAUUUCUUCGUCAUGAUGAUUGCAUUAAUUGGUAUCUUGAUUGUUUCAUAUACAAAAGCUACAUGCGAUUUAUUAGCUGGUAAAUUAUCUAUUAAUCAAGAUACAGGCGAAGUCACUGAUCCAUUCCUUUUCGAUAGAUUGAAAGGUGCUUUGAUUUGUGGUCUUGGUGCGCUAACCAUAGGUCCAUUCGCAGUAUUAUGGAAUUAUUGGUUUGCAACUACCACGGUUACUAGCCCUACAUCAAAAUCCGUUAAAAAGGCUACUUUAACUGAACAAUCUUCGCAUUUGGCUUUGAUUGGUUGUAUCAGUAUGUUCCUCCUAUUACCAUUCUUACCAACAUUACCAUCACCAAAUGAGUACAUUUCACUACUUUAUAGUGAUAAAUCAUUCUGGUUAACCAUCAUGGCCUCAGUAAUGUUCGGUAUCCUACCAAAUGUUAUCGCUAUGAUUGAAUUAAACAAUUAUGCUCCUCCUGAAUACUUAACUACAUGUUUCCUGGGAAUUAUCAUAUUUAUGGGGUUAGCUGAUUGGAUUUGUGAGCCUACUCAAACUGUGAUCGUUAGAUGGGAAGUAAUUGGAUAUAUUAUGCUGAGUAUUAGUUGUGUCAUCUUGGCUUUCACCUUGGGUGAAAAACCAAAGAAGUUUGCCAUCUAA